AUUCUUCAUAAAUUAAAUAAGUAGGUGACAUUUGUUCAACGUGCUUUUUGUCUUUUAUUAUAGAAAAUACAUUAUACCUUUAGAUUGAAGAAGAAGAAAAAGAAGAAGAACAAAAUAUAAAUAUACAACAAAAGUUUAUUAUUUGAUUCCUUUCUUUUCUUUUUAAUAAAUAAUAUGUCUCCAACGAUACCCAUUCUUUGUCAAGUACAAGCACUUUAUUCUUUCAAGUCAAAUGAUUCUUCAUCAUUGUCAUUCAAUAAAGGUGAUAUUAUUACCGUUUUAAAUAAAUUAGCUUCGGGAUGGUGGGAUGUUGCAACGGAGCUCGAGGAUGGUUUCCCAGUAACUAUGUCAAAAUCCUAACAGACGACGUCAUUGUAGAGGACAGCAGUAAAAAUACAACUCGUAGAGAAUAUAGACUUAGUUUGACGUUUAAUAAUACUUUAAUAUCUGAUCAACGACAAAAUGAUGACUGGAUUGCACAAAGAACAGAAGAUGGAUCAAAUAUUUAUUAUUUUAACCCAUGUACAGAUGAAACAAGAUUUGAACAGCAAGAAGAAAAUAUAUCAAAUUUGAUGACAAAGCGAUUACCUUCGUUAAUAUCAUUAGUUGUACCUGAAAAGAAUCCAUCUUCAAUAUAUCAACAGAGUGAAUAUGGAUCAACUAUCUGGUCUAACCAGAGUAACAUAACUCUAAAUUCAAUGAACGAUGAUUUUGAACAACAAACAUGUAUUACUACUGAAAUGCCCAAAUUAUCUUCCCGUCGAUUAUCUUUAAUACGUCAUACCUAUUUUCAUAAACAACCUCUUACUUGGCCUACAAUUUCAUCUUGUAUAGCUACUGCUCUACAACAGCUCGUCACAGCCGCAAAAAAUAAUCAGUAUCAUCUUUAUGCACCAAAUGCUGCCGAGAUUGUAAACAUCAUUCGCUUUAUGCUCAUCAGCUCUUCAACACUUGACAAGAACAGUCCUAAUGUUAAAUCAAAUGCAAUACUACGAACACAACAUCAUAGUCUCAUUGCAAGUAUGGCCAAACUUGUUCUUUCUACUCAAAUUCCUCAGAGGUUUACAGAUAAAGAACAUCAAACACUAAUCAACAAAAUUUUAGUUGAAUCCAGUGAGCUCUUGUUAGCUGUGCGUAACUUCAUUAGUACUUGUCAAACGAAAAAAAUCCAAUUAGUCUCAAAUGAGUUACAAUGGAUUCCUCCAAGUAAUGUUCAAGAGGAGCACCAUCUUCCUUCCACGCUUUCCAUCCAUAAUCAACGGUACAGUCUUCAACCUAAUCUUGCAGAAAAUAUUGAUACCUUGGGAACUUGUAUUCAAGAUUCAGCUGAAAUAAUUAUCAAGUUUAUUUCUUCGAUCCGUCAAGAGACAUUAUUACACGAUAUUACUUCCAUAGCCACUCGACUCUUUACUCAUUUUCAAAACUUGUCUAAUCAGACAAGCUUAUUCUUGGGUUACCUUGAUGAAACAGAUUUUAGUCAGGUAGAGGAGCAGUAUAAAGAGGAUAUGGUUGAACUUCAACAGGGGAAACAUAAACUUAUCGACAGUCUUGGCCUUUUAUUGUUUCAUUUGCAAACUUUAACAAAUACUCAUGCUACAAACGGAAUCUCGGAUCGUUUAAAGGUGGCAAAACAGGCAACAGGCUAUUUAUUUAAACCUAUUGAUUCCAUCUGUCAAACUGUAAUUCGAUUGGCAAAUAAAAGUAGAGGGACAACAAUCAGUCGAACUUCUUUAUCCACAACAGAUUCUAUUAAGAAAAUAAAUAAUGAUCAAGAACAACAUAUGAGUCAUCAUUCAACUCUAUUAUCAGAAACGCUGGAGCGUCAUCAUUCUGAGUCUAUAUUGCCAUCAUCAAAAUUAAAGCAACAACCAACAUUGUCAGGCUCCUCAUCUAUAAUGCAAUCUUCACAACAAACUGCACCAUCUAAACAGAUACUAUAUAGCCGAAGAUUGAAGAAAUUCUUCGGUGAUGAUACGUCAACCGUUAAAAUGACUCCUAAAGGUGAGACGGAUCCAAAUAUAAACUCAACUACUACUACUACUACUACUACUAUUAUAUCGACAGUAACGGAUAUGACGAAUGAUGGACGUCCAAGUUAUCUUGAUUAUGAUUAUCAGCCUAACGAUAUCAUCUUUAACAAGGAAGGUCAAGUCAAAGGUGGUACAUUACCUGCUCUUGUUGAACGUUUAACUUCACAUGACUAUUUAGAUAUGAAAUUUAUCAAUACUUUCCUUUUAACCUACAGGUCCUUCUGUAGUUCCAUUGAGUUACUCAACUUGCUAAAAAAUCGCUAUAACCUCGUCUGCUCCCCCGAUCUCACGCCUGAAGAGUCCUUGAUAUGGGAAGAAAAGAAGCUUAAACUAGUAAGAUUGCGUGUCUUUAAUGUUCUCAAAAAUUGGCUUGAACUUUAUUAUUACGAUGAGGACAAUGCAGAUCAACUUCUUGAUCAUCUUUUAGAAUUUACACAGAAUCAUAUUCGUACCACAUUGAAAUUUUCUAACGGACAGCUUGAGUCCCUUAUUGAACAACGUCGAAGUGAGCCUAGUGGACGCUUAAAGAAGAUGAUCCUAACUUUACCUGAUCCGCCUGAGCCUAUCUUACCUAAACCUCGCCGUCGCUUAACAUUACUUGAUAUUGACACAUUAGAAAUGGCCCGUCAGUUGACCAUCAUGGAUUUCAAAUUGUAUAGCGCCAUUCGUCCCAUCGAAUGUCUUAAUAAGGCAUGGUCUCGUGAAGACGAUACUACAACAGUGGCUGUCAAUAUUCGUGCCUCCAUCAAAUACUGUAACCAAGUCACCUCAUGGGUCUCAGAUGUGAUUCUCAGUCAACAAGACAUCAAGAAACGAUCUAUGAUUAUUAAAUAUUGGGUUCAAGUCGCAGAGAAGUGUCGCAUCUUGAACAACUUCAACACCUGUAUGGCUAUCUUAUCUGCCUUUGAUAAUAGCUCUGUCGGUCGUCUUAGACGAACAUGGGAAGUCGUCGGAACUCGUACCACGGCAACGCUGCAACAGAUUAGAAAAUUGAUGGGCGCUAUUCGAAACUUUGUUGAAUAUCGAGCCAUCAUUCAUUCUAUCAACCCACCUUGUAUACCAUUUUUGGGGAUUUAUCUGCAGGACUUGACAUUUAUUGAGGAUGGUAAUCCAGAUGAGCUCAAGGCAAAAGGUCAGCCAGUCUCUUUGAUUAAUUUUGCAAAGAGGGCUAAAACAGCAGAGGUGAUUCGUGAGAUUCAGCAGUAUCAGUCGUCAUUAUACCAGCUAAAGUCAGUAGAGGAAAUACAGAAGUUUAUUAAAUCAAAUUUGAUUAGUACGAGAGAUGAAGAACAAUUAUAUAAAGAGAGUUUGAAAUUAGAGCCACGGGAACGGGAAGAUGAAAAGAUUACACGUCUUUUACAAGAAUCAGGAUUUUUGUAACUUAUUUAUAAUUGUUUAUUCAUACUUCAUUCAUUUCCAUCAGUAGACUAUGUAUAUUUAUUAUUAUUU